AUGACAUACAUCAAACAGAAAAGUCUCUGUUUAAACUGUUUCGCAAGAGGUCACCAACUUACAUGCAAAGGGCGGCACAACACUCUUCUCCAUCGGGGCGACAGUGCCCACAAUGGUGCCUCCUCAUCUUCCAAUAUACAGUCCACUCCGAAUCCAACGGCAACAAAUGUGCACAAUUUCUUUGCCAAUAAUGCUCAGAAUGUCCUUCUCGGCACGGCGGUCAUCAACGUAUGCCACUUGGGCACUUCAUACACCGCACGUGCGCUAAUUGAUUCCGGGUCCGAAGCGAACUUCAAUUCUGAGCGUCUGAUCCAACGCAUUAAGUUGCCUUUCAAGUCCGUGCGAGCCCAAGUAUCCGGGUUAAAUCACGCAGUUGCGGCCCAAUCGCAGAAGUUAUGUCACUUCAGCAUUGGUUCUCCGACGAAGCCGAGGCUCCAUAUUGAGACUUCGGCAUUCGUAAUUCCACAGUUGGCAGGCAAACUGCCCUCUUUCGAUAUACCGCAAAGUUUCCUAAGGGAUCUACCAGCGAUAGAACUGGCAGAUCCACACUUCUACAAGAGCGCUCAGAUUGAUAUUCUAAUUGGCGCGGAUAUCCUUCCGUCGGUCAUCCUGAGCGGCUCCCGGCCAAACAUUUGUGGCUCACCUUGGGCAGGAAACCGUGUUUGGCUGGAUUCUUACCGGCCCCGUCUCCCAGAAUGUGUCGACAACUGUUUCUGCGUUUUCGACAAGAGUCGCCCUCCAAGCAGACGAACAGCUCGACAGCCUACUUUCCAAAUUUUGGGAGGUGGAGGAUAUUCCAGCGAAGCUGAUAAGACUACUUCUCGUAGCAAAUGUGGCAGAUAUCGGGUGACUCUUCCAUUCCGGAAGCCCGAUGGCAUUGAACUGGGUCAUUCCAGAUCUAUAGCGUUGGCUCAAUUCCUCAAGAACGAGAAUCGUUUGUCAAGAAACGAUACUCUAAAGGAACAGUACAAUGCCGUUCUCCAGGAGUACGUGGACUUGGGUCAUAUGACACCCAUAUCGCCUCAGAUAGCACCACAACGAAGGUGCGGGUCGUUUUCAACGCAUUCAGGGCCCAUUCUCCAAUCGGAUCUCACGUUGCAGAUCCUCAGAUGGCGAUACUAUCGAUAUGUGUUCAAUGCGGACAUAACGAAGAUGUAUCGCCAAAUCCUCAUGGACUCGAAGCACAAACCGUUCCAACGAAUUCUGUUCCGUACGUCGGACGGUGAGAUCCGUGACUUCGAGUUGCACACAGUGACAUUCGGUGUCAACUGUGCGCCUUUCCUGGCUCUACGAGUCCUCUCGCAAGCCGAGUUUUUCCAACAACAUGUACGUGGACGACGUCCUGGCGGGGACACACACGACAGAAGAGGCCAUCUGGACCAUUGCGGAAAAGAUUUCCUCGAACUCGAAGACUCCAGUACGGCGAAAACUCUGGGCAUCAGGUGGCAAGCUCACGAUGACGAGUUCUUCUUCAUGCCACCGGAAGUUGCCCAUCAGGACUCCUACACGAAGAGGGAAGUGCUUUCGCAAAUCGCUAAGCUUUUCGACCCAGCCGGGUGGCUAGCCCCUUUCGUUAUCCGAGCCAAGACACGAGUGAAGCUCCAGUACCACGGAUUCUGUGAUGCGUCAGAAAGGGCGUAUGGAGCAGCGAUCUAUGUCCGUGUGGAGAUGGCGAGCAAGGUUUCCACACAUCUCCUUACUGCGAAGACAAAGGUGGCUCCUGUCAAGUCUCUCUCAGUGCCACGUUUGGAGCUUUGUGGUGCAGUCCUGUUGGAUGAGUUAUCUGCAGCCCUCCUCCUGAAUCUGCCAGCAGAAACCACCCUGCAGAUGGACAACCUUGUGGCCAAUCGUGUGGCCAAAAUCGUCCACGCCAGCGACGCCAAGAACUGGUCGCAUGUGCGAUCCGAGCACAAUCCGGCAGAUCUUGCAAGCCGAGGUGUCCUGCCACAAGAAUUGAUGUGUAAUCCUUUGUGGUGGCAUGGACCAGAGUGGCUUCAUCUCCCGUCGGAUCAAUGGCCAACAUCUCCAAGUCCCAUUCCGGAGGUUCUGCUGGAGCAGCGGAUUAAGUGCAACGUCGCUAAGUUACCUCCUACUCCUGACUUCCUGAAUAAGUUCUCUGAGUUUGGCAAUGCACUGCGCACGUCUGCCUAUGUUCUCAGAUUCAGUGAUAGAAGUCGGAAGUUGGCAGUUCCGAGCUCUACCGUGGUCCAAGCGGAUGAGCUGUCACGGAUCCAAGAGCGGCUAAUCGUCAUGGCUCAACGACAAACUUUUCAACAAGAAUACCACUGUCUGCAGUCCAAGCAGCAGGUUCCUUCCUCAAGUUCAAUCCGAAACUUGAACCCUUUCCUCGAUGGCAAGGGGAUUCUACGGGCCUGUGGGCGUCUGAGGGCGUCCCACUCGCUGCGUUAUGAUGAGAGUCAUCCAAUCAGCCUCUCGUAUUCCUCGUACUUUGCACGACUAUUGGUUCGUUUCACCCAUCGUAUAUCCUUACAUGGGGGUAACCAAGUCGUCAUGCGGCUGAUCCGCUCCAGAUUCUGGAUUCCAAAAUUGAAGGUCCUCGUCAAAUCCACCAUCAACUCUUGCAAGCACGAAGGCGAUCCACUUGGAGGCAACAUCGGAUCUCACGACGGAGAAAUUCCUGGCCGCAUUCUCCCGUUUCAUCGCACGGCGCGGGUGUCCAUACCAGAUGUACUCGGACAACGGAAAACCUUCGUUGGAGCUGACAAGGUGAUCUCCAACGACUUCUUGGAAGCGACGAGGGAGUGCAUCAUCGCACAACACGCCCACGAGAGCCUAUCCUGGCACGUCAAACCGCCGGGCGCCCCGCAUAUGGGUGGAUUAUGGGAAGCCGGCGUAAAGAGUUUUAAGGCACUCUUUUACAAGGCGACAUCCACCUCAAAAUAUACGUUCGAAGAGUUGUCCACUCUUCUCACUAAGAUCGAAGCCUGCCUGAAUUCGAGGCCGAUUUCCCUAUGUCCGAGGAUCCUUCGGACUUACUAG